UCCUGCCCACCCCAGGCCUACUACUACUGCUUCAUCACGCUGACCACCAUCGGCUUCGGCGACUACGUGGCGCUGCAGAAGGACCAGGCUCUGCAGACGCAGCCCCAGUACGUGGCCUUCAGCUUCGUCUACAUCCUGGCGGGGCUGACGGUCAUCGGCGCCUUCCUCAACCUCGUGGUGCUGCGCUUCAUGACCAUGAACGCCGAGGACGAGCGGCGCGACGCCGAGCAGCGAGCGCUCCUGGGCCACGCGGUUCCCGGCCCCGCCGCCGCGCCCCCGGCCGAGAGAAGGUUCCGGAACGUUUACGCCGAGGUCCUGCACUUCCAGUCGGUUUGCUCGUGCCUGUGGUACAAAAGCCAGGAGAAGCUGCAGUAUUCCAUCCCCAUGAUUAUUCCCAGGGAUUUGUCGGGGUCGGAUACGGCCGUGGAGCGCUCUUCGCCCGCUCGUUGCGUGGAGACGCCGGAGCAUCGCUGCUUCUGCCGCUCCCGCCGUUCUGCCAUCAGCUCCGUGUCCACCGGGCUCCAGAGCCUGGCGGCGUUCCCGGGAUUCGCCAAGCGCCGCAGCUCCGUGUAGCCCCUUCCCCAUCCCUGACCCAGCCCGGAUCCCUCCCGGAGCGGGACGAGGCCGCCUCGGGCUCCGGGACCGCGCCGGAGCGGGACCCCUUGGCUCCGGAAUGGAUUUUAAUUUAUCUUGGAUUUUCAUUUCAAACCUCUUGGAUUUCCAUUUCAAACCUCUUGGAUUUUAAUUUAAAACCUCUUAGAUUUAAAUUAAAACCUCUUGGAUUUUUAGUUUCAAACCUCUCUUGGAUUUUAAUUUCAAACCUCUUGGAUUUUAAUUUCAAACCUCUUGGAUUUUUAAUUUCCAACCUC